AUGUAAAUAAAUUUUACUUACCAAAAUAAUUCUAAUAAACAAAUUAAUAGAAGCAAAUUAUGAACAGAGGAAGAAAUACACAUAUAUUUGACUUAUACUGGGAAGAUAUCUUAGUAGCACAUGUUCUUCCGUACCUCGAUAUUCGCGAGUGCUUCAACUUCCGAUGCGUCUCCAAAGCUUGCUUACAAAUCGUAUACAUAUAUUUGUCUAAACUCAAAUCCCUGAAACUGCAGAAUAAAGAAUUCUCAUCGGAAACAUUCAAUGUAUUCGUAACUUCAUGUACGAAGUUGAAGCAUUUGAACUUGAGUAGAUGCACAACCCUCACCGACGCUCAAAUUAUUCCAUUACUGAAAGGCAACUCCGAACUCGUCAGCUUAAACCUGAGCCAGUGUAAAAAUGUAACAUCAAAAUGCUUACAACCUGUCAUACUGUUUUGUAACAAUCUGCGCAUUUUAAAGCUGUCAAGAUGUUUCUGGCUGACGACGGGUGCCAUGGAGGCUCUGGCUCUGCACCAGAACUAUUUGGAGGAUGUCGACUUAGCCUACUGCCUCACCAUAUCUGAAAGUUGUGUUAUAAUAUUCAUAAAGAAGUUUAAAAUGAUAAAGAUAUUAAAUUUAGAAGGCAACAAACAAAUAACAGACAAGUGUUUGUACAGCCUGUCCAAACACAGCAAGUCUUUGAAGCUUCUGAACUUGGGAGGGUGCUGUGAAAUCACCGACCGAGGAGUGAGGUCUCUGGCAAGACAUUGUCCGUCAUUAGAAGGUCUGGUCAUCAAGGGUUGUACAAAAGUGACGGAAAGCAGUCUCCAUCUCUUACGGAACAGGGUGCACAUAGACCGGCGGCCGGUGGAUCCCGUGCCGUUACCAGUGUUUGUACAGAUAUAGCUUUAACCUCCAAACUAAUAGAAGUUCACUAAUUUUAUUUUUUACAUUUCCAUGACCAGAGCAAUGAAAAUAGUGUAAUUUUGCAGAAAAUUUACAAAAAUGAUAAUA